AUGCUGCACCUCCGGCGCUCCACCACCGACAUCGCCCUUGGAGGCGGCGCAGAGCAUGCGACGGCGCGGCCUCCCUUUCUGCACCGCCUCGCAAACUCGGUCGCGGAGGUGGUGCCGCCCGAGGAGCUCGACGCGGUGAGCAUGUCAGCGACUGACCGGCUGGUUGCCUGGCUCUCCGGCUGGGGGCCGCUCGUCACCUCGCUGACAGAGGCUCAGCUCGCCGACCCUGCAAGCCGCCGCUCACAGCGAUGGAGCAACGCCCCACGCUCCUCCGCUGCACAUGAUCGCGGCUCAGCCCGCGGCUCAGCCCGCGGCUCAGCCCGCGGCUCCGCCCGUGAUUCGGUCCGCGGCUCGCUCCGCCACUCAACGAUCAAGGUGCAGGCCACGCUCGGAGUCGGCGUCAAGUCUGUCCGCGGCCAACUCGGCCGCGCCUCGCCAAAUGCAUUUGUCGACGCGUGCGCCGACGCGCUCGCGCGAGAGGCUCUGCAGGAGCUGCGCGGUGAUACAGAUGGCGACAAGCGGGCCGCGAGGUUCUCCGACGCCCUUUCGCCCUUUCGGGAGCGCGAGCCGUCGUGGUGGGAGUCGGUGCAGCUGUGGCUCUUCACCACGAGCGAGGAGCGGGAGGAGCUGGCGCGGGCGGUGCGGCGCGGCGCGGCGGAGGAGAAGCUGGCGGCGGCACAGGCGUGGCGGCAGUCUAUCCGCGAGUCGGCGCGCCGCUCGACGCUCCGCUCCUCGCGCCGCUCCCUCGGCCCAGCCCAGGCGGCCACCGCAGAGCAUGCGCCGCCCGUCAAGCCCGCCCUGCCCGCCGCGGCGGGGUCGUCUCUCUCGUCUCUCUCCUCCCUCUCCUCCCUCUCCUCCCUCUCCGCGCAGCCGCCGAGCGGCGCGCCAGCGGCAGAUGUGGCCCCUCCGCUGCCCCGCCUGCCGCCCGAGCCCGAAGGCGCGCGAGGCGGCGAGCCGACCGAUGCUUGUGCUGACCACGCCAGCACCGACGCGGAGCGCCCGCCGCCCGAGCUGGCGUGGCGGGACGAGUCGGCCGACACGCCGCGGUUCGCCGUUUGA